CACAGCACUUGAACCCCGCUCCCCUCAAGAGAAAAAAAAAAUACUUGAACCCCGCCGCCGCCGCCGCCGCCCCCGCCACUCCACGUCGCCGCUGCUUACCUAGCUCGGGCGCUCCCUGCUCCUCCCGCACGGCGCCGGCCAGCUGCUCCUCCGUAGCGGCGCGACUUCGACCCAGAGCGACUGCCUAUCAUGGAAGAAAUAAUGGGCACAACCCACCACCGCUUGCCCCAAUCGCGCCGCCUCCAAGAGUUCACCUAGGCGCGCCGGCGUUUUGCCCCCACGCGCGCUGCACGUUUAUCUCGUCUGCAAGAAAACAAUAAGGUGAUGCGCUAACUCAUCUGCCCGGAGCGCCCACUCGCUUGAAGACAACCGCAGGAGCUGUUAUGUUUACUGACACCAUCUACUGGCUUAUCAUUUUUCCUAACAUAAUUCACAAGAGAGGUGGUGACCAUGUAACCUUCUGGAACAUCAUGCCACACUCGUUCAACUUCAUCUUCCUCCUUGGCGAUGGUGCCCUUAACAGCAUGCGUUAUCCAUUGUUCCGGAUAGGCUACUUCCUGCUUUGGACUUCUAUAUAUGUCAUAUUCCAAUUGUCUUUACAUGCAUUAUCAGCAAUGAUCUGGUGGCCGUACCCUUUCCUCAACGUGUCGAGUCCCUGGGCGCCUCUGUGGUACGUUGUAGCGGGACUGCUCCAGGUUCCCUGCUACGUAGGGUUUAUGGUUGCACUGAUACUGAAGCGCCGCCUCUUCGCUAGGUGGUUCCCUACUACCUUUAUACAGGUGUAGCAGUCGGAGUGCUGAUGAGUUUCUCAUAUUCAGAUAUGUAUGUGUGUCCGUGCGCGCGAUGAUUGACCCAGUUUCUCAUAUUCAGAUAUGUAUGUGUGUCCGUGCGCGCGGGUGCAUGUGUGUGGUGUGUGUGUAGACAACUUGGCAUGCGUUUGUGUGUGGUGUGGUGUGUGUGUGUAGAACUUGGCUUAAUGGGCACGCACGAAGCGCUUCGUGGAGUUUGGAGUGCUGAUGACCCAGUUUCUCAUAUUCAAAUAUGUGUGUAUGUGUGUUUGUGCGCACACGCGUGUGAGUGUGGUGUGUGUGUAGACAACUUGACUUAAUGGGCACGCACGAUGCGCUUCGCGGAGUU